ACUACAGUAUUUGUUUUUUUUUUGCAUUUUCAGUUAAUCUUCUUUGGCACAUUGUUGUUUGUCAGUCUUUGUGUGCAGUUUCUCAUUGAUUCCUUCAUAUUUCUUUGUUCCACUGUGAAUGCCUGCAAGAAAAUGAAUCUCAGGGUAGUAUAUGGUGACAUAUACAUAUUUUGAUAAUAUGAACAUCAGAAUGGAAAAGAAAUGUGACCGGGUGACUUUGACCGUGGAAUAAUUGUUGGUGCAGAUGGGGUAGUUUGAGUAUUUUAGAAACUGCUGAUCUUCUUGAAUUUUUAUGCAUAACAUACUCUAGAGUUUUCAGAGAAUGGUGCAAGAAACACAAAUACAUACAGUGAGUAGCAGGUCUGUGGGUGAAGAUGCCUUGUUAAUGAGAGAGGUCAGAGGAGAGUGGCCAGAUGGGUUCAAGCUGACAGGAAGAUGACAGUAACACAAAUAACCACGCUUUACAAUGGUGGAGGAGCAGAAGAGUAUCUCUGAAUGCAAGGCAGAAGCGGCAGCAUGCCUCCUAAAGAUUAUAAGAAAAAGAAAGACAGGGGUAAAGGAGGCAAAAAGGACAAGGAUCCAGCAAACAAAACUGGAGGAAAGGCCAAAAAGAAGAGGUCAAAAGGCAAGCUUGUACAAGACAAGCUGAACAAUCUGAUCCUGUUUGACAAAGCCACUUAUGAUAAACUUUUGAAAGAGGUACCCAACUACAAACCAAUUACAGCUGCAGUCAUUUCCAAAAGACGAAUGAUCAGAGGUUCUCUAGCCAGGGCUGCAUUUCAAGAGCUCCUUUCAAAGGGUAUGAUCAAGCUGGUGUGCAAACACAGAGCUCAAGUUAUCUACACUCAAAACACCAAGGGAGGUGUUGCCCCAGCUGCUGCAGACAAUGUCUAA